AUGUCUACGUCUGCACCGACACCAUCCACUCCGACUUUGACCCAGUCACAGCCGGCUCAGACCGCCCCUGCUGUGGUGGAGUCGGUGAAGAAGAAGUACCCCAAGGUGGAGGAGAUCGAGGUGAUCGGCGGAUAUCAAAAUCUAGAGAAGUCGUGUCUGGUGAAGAAUAAAGGAACCACAAAAAAGGUGAAGGUGUGUUUCGAUGAGGAGCAGCUGGAGCAGGUUUGUGAGUAUCCAUCAGAGACCUCCAUGUUGGCCGUUACAAUGGCGUCCCAUGACGUGGGGAGGCAGAGAACACAGCAGGCGGAGGAGGCGCAACAGGAGAAAGCUAACAAAGACGGCGGUGGGAGCAUGUCCAAGAACACGAGAAGUGUGGGAACAACGACUGGUUGUGGUGUGACAGUGGGUCAGUGUCACCCGCUGCUGAAAAAAAAUAAGGUUUAAUAGGAUUGUUGUCCUUUUCAACACAUGGAUUUAUAUAUGUAGACAUAAGUGUGUAUUCAUUUGUGCCAUACAACAACAA